GCAAAGAGAAAAAACCCCAAGCCGGGUGGGGUCCUCCCGCGCGAGGCGCUGCUGGGCUGUGGUGGGCAGCGCGCGUGUCGGGGGCGCCCGUCAUGUACUACAAGUUCAACGGCUUCACGCAGAGGCUGGCCGGGGCGGCCGCCUCCGCCGCCUACAACCCCCAGGGACUCAAACCAAUAGUUUCCACUGAAUCCCCAGCUCUGAUUUUUGGGACAACAACUAAACUUGCUUCAGAUUUACCAGCAACUGAUUCUUUCUUGGGUAAAAACAAGGUGCCAGACCUACAGAAACUUUUUCAGAAACCAGAUGGAGUGCCAGUACACCUGAAACGAGGAGUUCCGGAUAAGCUGCUUUAUCGGACCACUAUGGCUUUAACGAUAGGCGGGACUAUCUACUGUCUAGUAGCACUGUACAUGGCCUCACAACCAAGAAACCAAAAGUAAAUGAACCACAACUCAUGGGACUCGUGACACUUCCCUGAAGGACCUCUUGCAUGUAUCUCUUUGCACUUACUUUAAUUAUGUGGUCAUAUAGGGUUUGUUAUUCAGAUCAAAUUUCUUGGAUAAAAUGCUUUUAAAUUGGUUGCCUUACAUGUUCUAGAAAUCAAUAUAAACAGACCUAAAGGCAUAAUUUUAACAUAUGGCUGUAUCUUUGCAUUUGUUGUCUUGAAGAGCGUGCGAACAGUUGGAGAACAUUAAGGUUUUUCCUCCUUCCUUCCCUCCCCCAACUUAAACAGUGUUAGAGAUGGAACAGGACAAAUACUUGGUAGGCUAUACUUCACAUUCCUUAGUGGGAAUAUGCUGCUGGUUUCCAAAAGAGUAAAAGCAAAUCAUUUAAUUAUUGUAACAUACUGGGAACCUGUUUCUGUCAUACGCGGCUCAUUUUGCAUAACGGGGUGGCAGUGGAACUUUUCCAAAUGCUGCUAUAUUACUAAAUAUUUGUACCUCUGGUGGUAGGAGAGAGUUUUAACUCCUUGGAGCAUUUAAAGCGGAUGUAUUUCAUAAUGUUAGCAACACUGUUUGCAGCAGAGUGCACUAGCAUUGUAGUGUCAGUUAUGCCAGUUUUUGGACUUUCAUUUGCCAAACUGUCUUAUUGUGCAAUAAGGAUAACUACACACAUGAUAAAAUAGGCAAGUCUGAAAGUUUCAGACCACUUCAGGUGGCCUGCUAGUGAAGUGAACGUUGGUACACUUUUGAGUUGACUUUGCAGAUCUCAAACUAGACAUUCGAUUUGGCUACCUUACUGUAGUCUUUUUGAGAUGGUAAUCUUAAAACCCUCUCUCAGAAUGCAUUGGGUGUUUUACUGUGUUUUUUGGUGAAACAGGUCACUGUCAUAGCUCAGCUGCAUAUUAUUUGCAGUGCAUGCACAUAUUUAUUUAAGUACACGCAUACACACACAGUGUGAAGAGAGAGAAGCCAGUAAAAUCCUUUAUUCAUUCUCUCCCUUGUAUUAUCAUAGCCUUGAACUGCGAGUUUCACACAAGUGUUUACGAAAAGCAUCCUCUAAUUUGAUAGAUCCUGACUGUGAACAUGGAGUAUUCGCUCUUGGUCACCCAGGCUCUGGAUAAGCAUGGACUCACUGGCCUCUGUAAAGACACAUCUCUCCCAGAACUGUGCAGAAACUACCUUUCAUGUAAAUAAGGGAAACAGUUGAUAAAGGAAUAUGAAAUUCUUAAUUUCAUUUCUUCAGUCUUUUACCAAAAAUGUUCUUAUUUUUGUUUCCAAUCAAGUUAUAUCAAAGCCUUAUUACUCUUCCAUAGAGAAGAAAAUAGCUGCUUAUACUGUGAUCGCAUGUUUCAGUUAAUGUUGUAUUUCAGGAUGGAGAGUUUAAGUCACUGAAAAAAAAAAUGUAAGGACAACAAGAGUCAAAGAAUAGCAGAGAAUAAUUAAAUUCUUCAGGAACUGACAGCUGUGUUGCCUCUUACUGAUAAAAUAUUUUGUCCUCAGUAACUCGUGCUUCCAUGGCACUAAAUCUUGUGCUGUAGGCUGUUAAAGCCUCUUAAAAAAAAAAGAAAAGAGAGAAUGAGAAAGCAGAAUGGUAGGUUAUUGUCUGUCUUCCCCGCAUAUCAUAUAUUAAGCACUGGUUACAGGAGUCUUCUAAUAAAAGAUACUUUGCAGACAAACUUGACAGAUUUUCAUGAGGAUGAGUUUUGCUGAAAGAAUUUCUAUGCACUUAGGGGUUUGUUUGUUUUGUGGAUGUGGUUUUGUUUGGAUUUUUUUUUUUUAAGAAUAACUAUUUUUAGAGUUCAUAUAGAUGGUAACAACUUUCUGCUUGCUGUUAAGGCAGGUAUAGAGAAAGUAACUAAACUUUUCCCAUACCUCAUUAACCUGUGAAAAUACUCUUCCAAGAACUUGGAGAAAGAAUGACAACAAAGACUUAUCACCCAUGUUCAGCUUUCUUAAAUGUUGGAGCUAUGGAUAUCAGAAUUGUCUCACUAUUGCCCUAGGUUUGACUUUUUCCAGCUCUUUGUCAGCAGCUAAAAACAUGUAGGCUAAAGGAAAAAUAAAACUCCAUCAAAUUUUGCAAAUAACCAGGUACUAGAAAAACCAUUGGUUUUGUUUGUUUAUUGUUUUUUUCCUCCAGUGUCUGGAUUUUGAAAAACUAUUUUCACUUUCACUUUGCCUUUCUCAAAAAGUUGGCCUGAUUGAAGCAGGGUGAGAAUGCUGCUUCACCUUGUCAGAUUUGCAUCCCUGGCUCAUUUGGGGUGAAAUGAAGCAUUGCUUGUCUGCAGUCACUGAUCAGAGACAACUGGAUUUCUAUAUUCCCACAGCAAAGUGCUCUGAAUAACAGGAACACUUGCAAGCUGUAGCGAGAAGGCUAGGCUGUGGCAGCAAAAUCUUAACCCUUUUCUCAGUUAAUUUGAGAUUAUUGUAAAGAACAACAUGGUAAGUCAUUUUCCUUCCUAGGAAAAAACUCUGCUAAAUAUCCAUAUUAAAGUAUUUGUGAGGCCAGACUUCUGUGAGGAUUCAAGAGGUUUUAAGUGUUUUGAAUUAUUGCUUGUGAUAAAGAGGCCUAGUAAUCUUAUUCUUAAGCUUUCUAGAACACCCUUACCUUUAAAAGGAGUAGUCUGUCCCUGGUGUGAUGUUAAAUAAGGUCUUAAGUAAGUAGAGCUGUGAGAGAAUUGCAGUAGCAAGAAGAAGGCUAUGUCAGUAUUUUGAAUUGUCAUUCCCAGAAGGAAGAAUCUGACUUGAGUACUACAACCUCAUUAUGUGUGUGUUCUGUUUGUUUGUU